ACGCGCGCGCGCUGCCUUUCAUACUGCUGUGUUGGCGGGGACACGUAACGCGUCUAUAGUCAACGGAGCCAAAAGUCUUUUUCCGCGCCUUUCGCGUUGAUAAUUCACCCAUUUUCUUUUUGCAUUUUCGAAAGAGUUUAUUCACGACUAAACCAAAAUGCGUGAGUGCAUCUCCAUCCACGUGGGCCAGGCUGGUGUGCAGAUUGGCAAUGCAUGCUGGGAAUUGUACUGCUUAGAGCAUGGUAUCCAGCCUGAUGGCAAUAUGCCAAGCGAUAAGACCAUUGGUGGCGGGGACGACUCCUUUAACACUUUCUUCAGUGAGACUGGCUCUGGAAAGCAUGUGCCACGAGCUGUGUUUGUGGAUCUGGAGCCUGCUGUCAUUGAUGAGGUGAGGACUGGCACCUACAGGCAGCUUUUCCACCCAGAGCAGCUCAUCUCUGGGAAGGAAGAUGCAGCUAAUAAUUAUGCCCGUGGCCACUAUACUGUUGGCAAGGAAAUCAUUGACAUGGUUCUAGAGCGUGUCCGUAAACUGACUGACCAAUGUACUGGCCUCCAAGGAUUCCUGAUCUUCCACAGUUUUGGUGGAGGCACUGGUUCAGGUUUCACUUCCUUGCUGAUGGAGCGCCUGUCUGUUGACUAUGGCAAGAAAUCCAAGCUGGAAUUUGCCAUAUAUCCAGCACCUCAGGUCUCUACUGCUGUUGUGGAGCCAUACAACUCCAUCCUCACCACACACACCACAUUGGAGCACUCAGACUGUGCCUUCAUGGUGGACAACGAGGCAAUCUACGACAUCUGCCGUCGCAACCUGGACAUCGAGAGGCCAACAUACACCAACCUGAACCGGCUCAUUGGCCAGAUCGUGUCCUCCAUUACAGCGUCCCUGCGCUUCGAUGGAGCUCUCAAUGUUGACCUGACCGAGUUCCAGACCAACUUGGUGCCAUAUCCUAGAAUCCACUUCCCCCUGGUCACCUAUUCUCCAAUCAUCUCAGCUGAGAAGGCCUACCAUGAGCAGCUGUCUGUUGCUGAGAUCACAAGUGCCUGCUUUGAACCUUCCAAUCAGAUGGUGAAGUGUGACCCACGCCAUGGCAAGUACAUGGCCUGCUGUAUGCUGUACCGUGGAGAUGUGGUGCCUAAGGAUGUGAAUGCUGCCAUUGCCAACAUAAAGACCAAACGUUCUAUCCAGUUUGUGGACUGGUGCCCAACUGGAUUCAAGGUCGGCAUUAAUUACCAGCCACCUACAGUGGUUCCUGGAGGAGAUCUGGCAAAGGUGCAGAGAGCCGUGUGCAUGUUGAGCAACACCACGGCCAUCGCUGAGGCCUGGGCACGUCUGGACCAUAAGUUUGACCUGAUGUAUGCCAAGCGUGCGUUCGUGCACUGGUACGUGGGUGAGGGUAUGGAGGAGGGUGAGUUCUCCGAGGCCAGAGAGGAUCUUGCCGCUCUUGAGAAAGAUUAUGAAGAGGUUGGCACAGAGUCUGUUGAAGAUGAAGAGGAAGGAGAAGAGUAUUAAUCUUCAGGAAUUUAGUGGUAGAAGCACUUACCUCUGUCAGCUUGUCCCAAAAGGGAAGGGAACUAACGUCUGUCUUUUUUUCCAUGUUUGUUAUUGUUAGUGCAAGUCAUUCCAUUUACAUUUCUUUUCCAGAGUUCAAGUAAUUGCUGAAUUACCAAAGAUAAUUUGGUUUUAUUUGGCAUUGUUCUUAACACUGCUACCUGUCUACAUGGGUAUGUUUCUACCAGCUGUGCAAUGUUUCUGAAUAAAUUCCCUUUGAAUGA